AUGGAUGAUUUAUGGAAUCGUAGCUCCUCUGAUAGUGAUUCAGAUGAUAAUCAGAUAUAUGUUGCAACAGAUCCCAGAAAAGACAAGCAUUUUGAUCGUAAACAAGAAUUGCUGUGGAACUGCAAGGGAAAAGCCGGUAAGGUAGGACAAGGGAAACAACCACUGGUGAUUGCAGUCAUUGGACCUCCCGGAUGUGGAAAAUCGUCAUUUCUUAAUACCAUAUUUGCUGCUUUCAGCCAUGACUGUUGGACUGAAAACGCCAAACAUGGAGAAUUCGGUAGCAGAGAUAAGCAAGUAACAAAAAGACUGAAAAGUUUCACAAAGAAAGACUACUACACAGACAAUGAUGAAUAUCUUUUGCCAACGUUUCUUGAUAUGACAGGUUUUGAGGAUGAGGACACUCCUUUGAAUAAAGAACUUUUACGUAUUGUUUUUUGCGGAAAGCUGGGAGAAGACGAAGGACUUAAUGAAGUUAGAAAUUAUGGAGAACUCUAUGGUGUUAAUUCUGUCAAAGAAAAGUAUUUUGGGGAAAACUAUUUUGGUAUUUUUAAAAGACAAGACAGCAAGUUCUCGAAUCCUUUUUGGAAAUAUCUAGAUUUUUCAGUUAUUUUGAAUAGGGAAGAGUAUCUCCGAGUGAAUAGAAUUAUUGUUGUUUGUUCGGCAAAUCUAGACCAGCAAUUACCAGAAUAUUUGUUUGAAGCUGUCUCUGAUAUUACAAACAAAGAGAGGGAUAUUACGUUAUAUGGUGUACUCACACAAGCAGACAAAUAUAAAUCAAGAGAUCAAAGAGUUUUGAAGAGAGAAAGGGAAUUCAUGAGGGCGCUUGGAAUUCUAAAGAAUCGUUUUGCAAGAAUCAAGAAUUACUGUCCGGAUAUAGAUCCGAAUAUGACAUAUGAAGAUACCAUUAUUCCUUCCUUAGAUGUACCUGUAUUGCGGCUCAUGAGACAGGUUUUGACUGCAGAACGAACAGACCAGGACUUUACUCAUCGUAGGACUAAAAACGGAAAAUAUGUGCCUAAUUUGUCCAAAUUACCGUUUGUUACAUGUAUUAUAGUAUUUGUAUUUAUUGUAUUGUCUGUGUUAUUUCUCUUUAGAUUAAUUUGAAUAAAAUAAC